CUUUAAACCAUUUUUUGACAAAAGUGUUAAAAAAAAGAAACAUUCCAUAAUUGUUUAUUUUAUAAAGAAUUUUUUAAUUCAACUUCAUAAAUAAGCAAAUAAUAUGCCACCAAAAUUGUUUAAUAAACUAAAAAGAUAUUGUGGUGGUGGAACACAGCCUGCUGGUACAUCAGGAGGCGGUGGUGGAGGCGGCGGGGGAGGAGGCGGUGGCGGAGCUAGCGCAUCAGCUACCGCACGUAACGCAGUCAGUUCCGGCAAUAUGUAUUCCGCCCGCCAAUCUGUAAGCACCUCCACGGGGGUUCUUAUGGUCGGACCAAAUUUUCGUGUCGGUAAAAAAAUUGGCUGUGGUAAUUUUGGAGAAUUGCGUUUAGGUCGUCGUAUGUGCUUUUUUUCUCCUCCUACUACUACUCCUUCUAACUACACUUCGUCCAAUAGAAAUACCACUCCAGCAGGCAAAAAUCUGUACAACAAUGAACAUGUAGCAAUAAAAAUGGAGCCUAUGAAGUCAAAGGCUCCCCAACUACACUUAGAGUAUAGGUUUUAUAAACUAUUAGGAUCACAUGGUAAGUUAAACAAAUUUCCUUCUAAAAACAUUUUCAAUAUCAUUUUGAUAUAG